AUGUACUUCCUAACAAUGCACCAAACCCAAGACCCUUCAAGAAUUGUAAGUUUGAAUCGAAAAAAUCGAGCAUGUGGUCAAGAAAACUUCUCUGCGUCUGUUAAUUGCUCAUGCUAG